CUUUUGUAAUACGGAAGUCGGAGGUGUAAACAAACUCUUGCGAUGGUCAGAUAAACAGAAACAUUGCCAAACCAAGCAUCCAUGAUGCGGGCUGGUAGCCUUAUAGUAGUACUCAUAGUGCUGCUAGGCAACACUGACCAGGUUGUUGGGAAAAAGAAGAACAAAAACUUGCCACUCACAGUUGAGAAGCACUCCAAGUGCAAGUAUUAUAAGAAGGGCCAUGUUGGAGUAUGUAGCCUUGCCACAAACACCCAGGUCAAGACGCUGGCUCUCAAGAAAGGGGGAGAUAACUGUCCACAGACCAAGAACAUAACAGUGUCCUGCAAUACUAUGAAAUGCAAGUACCGGUUUGCGGGCUGGGGGUCAUGUAACAAGGCUGACAACACCCGUGUAAAGUUGUUCAAACUCCGAGACGGACAGCCAGAAACUUGCCCAACAGAGAAAAGGAAGUUUCGUCAAUGUAAAACAAGCUCUAAAAAGAAAGUGGACUGUAGGUACAAGAAAGGUCAUUGGUCCAAGUGUGACCCUUUGACACUUAUCAAGACAAGGUCCUUGACCCUGAAGAAAGGGGACAGAUCUGAAUGUCAGAAUGUGAAAACAGUGAUGAAGAAAUGCUUAUCAAAAAACAAGUUAGGCGCUAAAUCUAAUGGUUUGCCUAUUUCAGAGACAGCAGUUAACAAUUCCACAGAGUCAGUGUUCAGUCUGAAGCUGCCCGAGGCGCCAUCGCAGCCCCAGGUGGUGGAGUCAGACGUCACAGACACCAGCGUGAAGCUGACAUGGCAGCCGGGACCCCGUGCACAGCAGGACAAACUCCUUGGCUACAUCAUUGAGUACUUCAGCAUCAGUGGACAGAAACAUGAUUGGGUAACAGCAUCCAAGGAUAUCACAAAGAACUCCUACACUGUACAGAACCUGCAGCCAGGAACAUCGUACAUGUUCCAGGUCCGAGCCAAGAACGAAAUCGGCAUCAGCCAGGCCAGUCCUCCGUCUGACACCAUCAGGACACACAACAGGGUCUACAGUGCUCCGUCCCGCCCUACUCAUUUACGUCUGAGGCCAAGUAGCAACAGCGUAGUGAUUGACUGGGCCCCGCCUCUGCCCAGCGACCUCGUGGACGGCUACAUCCUCAGCUACGGGAAGGGCAUCCCAGACACCCACAGCACAGUGGUGGACAAGCAUCAGAUGUCUUAUACCGUGUAUCAACUAGAGCCAAACACAGAGUAUGUGGUGAAACUUGUCGGCUUCAACAAGAUUGGAGUGGGGCAGCCUCUUUAUGAUGCAGUCAAGACACUCAAAAAGUGGAGUCGGAACAGCGCACUCACGCCACCAGUCGGGAUACAGGGCAGCGCCCAGUCCGAAUCCUCCAUCAUCGUGGCGUGGACUGAUGGGAACCAGAAGGCCGGGGUAGAGCUUCCUGACAACUACUUGUACAUGGUUCGGUACCGUCACAAGCAUGAAGUGUACCAGUAUGUUGCCACCUCUCACACCAGCGUACAGAUACACAACCUCAAGCCCUUCACAGAAUACGGAGUAUCGGUGCAUGUUACGGACGGAAGGGAAAACUCGACAUGGAGCAUGUCAUCUCUGAUCUUGACCCACGAGUCAGCACCUGCCACGCCACCCACGGACCUGACUGUUCUCAGCGACACACAGGACUCCAUUGCCAUCAAUUGGCAGCCCCCAACACAGGCUAAUGGAGUCAUCACGGGCUACACGAUUCUCUACGCCACUAACAAGACAUGGGACAACAGAGAUUGGACAGUCAUGCAGGUGCAGGGUGAAGAUCUGUCGACCAGCCUGAACAGUGUGAAGCCAGAGCAGACGUAUUACUUCAAGGUGCAGGCUCGGAACAGGAAGGGUUAUGGACCAUUCUCUAAUGUUGUUGCUUUCACCACCUCGGCAGCAGCUCCAGGUACUGCACCAGCAGACAUCACCGUGACAGUAGCAGAUCGACAAAGGUGACACUGCUCUGAUCAACUGGCAACCUCCAGCCAUUCCUAAUGGCGUCAUUACAGGCUACCUGAUCUACUAUUCCACGGAUGAUACCAAGCCGGAGCGGGAGUGGGUGUUGGAGGGCGUGCUGGGCGACACUCUGACCUCCACCAUCACUGACCUCACUCCCUGCACCAAGUACUUCUUCAAGAUACAAGCACGGAAUGAGGAGGGGUACGGACCUCUAUCUCGCUCAUCAAUGGUCAGAACAUCUGGCACAGGGGAUGUAAUCUGCUCACCGGAGACGAGAGCUUCGUACAACGAGUUACCUCCAGUAGGUCUGAAGGCCCGCAAGAUUACUGCUGAAUCAGCACUUCUCACCUGGAAAGACACUCACAAGAAAGGACACUCACAUGAAGACGUUGAGUACAUUGUCCGGUUCAAGAGUGUAAAACCUUCUCUGGACUCGCUUUAAGAACCUAUCUGUUCAUGACCCGUUCGUUGUGAUCAUGGACCUCGAGGCCAACACGGAGUAUGAGAUGUCAGUCAUGUCGGUACAGUAUGGCGAGCACAGUCCAUGGAGCAUGACGCUUGCAGUCAAGACUAAAGAAGCAGGUAGUUAUGGCAUAUAUUU